AUGACGGGAGGUGCUGCUGCCAGGCCCUCGAGUGGGAUCCCCAGACGAUACGGGGUGAGCACCGACUCUCCCCAGGGCCAGAGAGCAACCACCAUAUUUCCUCAGCGUCUCCAGCAGAAGGUCUAUGGAAGACUGAGAUGCGACAACCCGCUGGAAAUAAAACCCCGCACGCUCAUUUCGGACAAGCGCUCUGCCCGAGGUGACCGCCCGGCUGGCGUUCCGGCGGGAGCCCCCCGCGCCCCGCCGCCGCAGCCGGGAGGCGGGCAGCAGCGGGCUCCCCGCGGGGCUCCCCGCCUGGGAACGCCGCCGCGCCUCGGCCCGCUCCCUUUGCCCUCUCGGGGGGCAACGCGGCGGGACAGGCAGCGCCAGGAGGGGCGGCUUUUGCUGCCCGAGAGCGGGGAACGAGGUCCGCCAACGUUUCACUUCUCAGAGCCUCGCUACGGGAGGAGGGGCCGGGAAGCCGCCGGAGGGGGCAGCCGGGGGCCCGCGGGCGGCGGAGGGGUGCGGGCGACGCGCGGGGGGGGGGACGCGGGCGGCGCCGCCGCGGCCUCCGCCGCUCGGUGCGAGGCGGCCGGGGAAGGGCGCGCACCCCCCGCCGCCCCGGCUGCCCGCGCUUCCCCGAGGGGUCCUCUGCCGCCGGACGGCCCGGGCCGCCCGCCCCUCACGGCGGGGCGGGGGGGUGGGGGCGGCACUGGCCCCCACGGCCCUUCUCCUGGCGGGGGCUCCCGCGGCCGCGCAGCCCCCACCGCCGCCCCGGGGGCGGCACCGUGA